AUGGAUUCCCUGGCCCUGCAGCUGUGCGCUCUCCUCUGCCUAGCGGCUCACUCUGCCUCUGGAAGCCCCAUCAUGAGCCUGGAGCAGUCGCCUCUGGAAGAAGACAUGCCCCUCUUCGAUGAUGUCUUCUCAGAGCAAGAUGGUGUUGACUUUGACACCCUGCUGCAGAGCAUGAAGAAUGAGUUUCUCAAGACAUUGAACCUGUCUGACAUCCCCAUGCAGGAUUCAGCCAAGGUUGACCCACCAGAGUACAUGUUGGAACUCUACAACAAAUUUGCCACGGACCGCACCUCCAUGCCAUCUGCCAACAUCAUCAGGAGUUUCAAAAAUGAAGAGUUGAUUUCCCAACCAGCCAGUUUUAAUGGGCUCAGAAAAUACCCUCUCCUCUUCAAUGUGUCCAUCCCCCACCAUGAAGAGGUCAUCAUGGCUGAACUUAGGUUGUACACACUGGUGCAAAGAGAUCGCAUGAUAUAUGAUGGAGUGGACCGGAAAAUUACCAUUUUUGAAGUACUUGAGAGCACAGAGGACAAUGAAGGUGAAAGAAACAUGCUGGUCUUGGUGUCAGAGGAGAUUUAUGGAACCAACAGUGAGUGGGAGACUUUCGACGUCACCAGUGCCAUCAGACGUUGGCAAAAGUCAGGUUCAUCCACCCACCAGCUGGAAGUCCACAUUGAGAGCAGACACGAGGAAACCGAGGACACUGGCAGGGGACAACUGGAAAUAGACACCAGCGCCCAGAAUAAGCAUGUCCCUUUGAUUGUCGUGUUUUCUGAUGACCAAAGCAGUGAGAAGGAACAGAAAGAGGAACUGAGUGACAUGAUCACCCAUGAGCAACUUCUGGAUCUGGACAACCAGGGCCUGGAUGGUUAUUCCAGUGGUCCCGGGGAAGAGGCUCUGCUGCAGAUGAGGUCAAACAUCAUCUAUGACUCCACUGCCCGCAUCAGAAGGAAUGCCAAAGGAAACUACUGCAAGAGGACCCCGCUCUACAUCGACUUCAAGGAGAUUGGCUGGGACUCUUGGAUCAUCGCCCCGCCUGGAUAUGAAGCCUACGAGUGUCGUGGUGUUUGCAACUACCCCCUGGCAGAGCAUCUCACACCCACAAAACAUGCGAUUAUCCAGGCCUUGGUCCACCUCAAGAAUUCCCAGAAGGCUUCCAAAGCCUGCUGUGUGCCAACCAAGCUGGAGCCCAUCUCCAUCCUCUAUUUAGACAAAGGCGUUGUCACUUACAAGUUUAAAUAUGAAGGCAUGGCUGUUUCUGAGUGUGGCUGCAGAUAG